AUGGUACACCUGUCACGCCCGCUAUCGGUACACGCUCGAAAUCGCUGUCGCCCAUCCAAUCGGGUACAGCGCUCUUUGAAAUGUGCUGUCACCCAUCCAAUCAGCGGCACAGUGACAGUGUGGGACCAGCGCGGGGGCGUGGCUUACGACCCCAGCGGGGCAGUGACUCGGGAGUGGACCUGGUCCCCCGACGCCAGGCAGAACAAGCCGAUCGCGGUCGAGGUGACGGAGCUGAUCUCGGUGCGGGCUUGGAGUGUGACCUCGGCUUUUCUCCGGUUCAGAGCUGACCAGGAGAGGAUCCAGCUGCCAGUCUCAUCUCUGCCAAGCGCGGCUCCUCCCACAAACCUGGAGGAAGUGAGGUCAUCGGGCGCGGCCCUGGAGCCGAGCCCCGAGGAGGCGGAGCCGGGGAGAAGGGGGCGGGCAGACCAGGACCUGAGGAGGCUCCAGCGAACAGUCCGGAACAUUCUGGAGGACUGGCUGGAGCACUAUCGACAGGCCACGGGGAUCGGCCGUCCGGCUGCGCUCAAAGCGAAGGACAGGCCAGCUCGCUCCGCCCACGGCAAGCGCAAGGGCCAAUCGGCUGCCCCGCCCGCCCUGGGCCCGGUGGAGCCGGAGGAGGCCGGCCCCGUCCAGCCACCAGGGGGCAGCGCAGAGCAGCUCGCCACGGCCAGGAUGGAGAGCUCCGCUCGCAGACAGGACAAAGAGCAGCUGCUGCACGUCGCUGAGACCGGAGUGCUGAGAGUCCACAGCAACGUCAGGCUGGAUCCUGUGGCCUUCCUGAGGGGCCCAGAGACGGGCCGUCCUGCCGCGGCGCCCCCCAGCCCCUGUCCCGUUGUGACGCGGGCCGCCCUGCAGGGGCAGGAGGGGCAGCAGCAGUGCCGCUGCAGUAACAGGAGGAUGCCCCUGCUGACGGACCUGGAGUACGACGCCUUCGUGGGGGGCCAGCCGUCCCACGCCGAGCAGGUCCUGGUGGUGUGUGUCACUCCCGUGGCCCCGCCCACCGGGGACGCCCUGGACCUGCUGUACAGGGCCAAGAACAAGAACAGGAGCAUGCCCUGCACACAGUGUCACCUGGACUCCUUCCGUCUGGUGAGGUACGAGCUUCCCACAGCCGACUCCCCCUCCGCUACCCACAAUGCCUUGCUGCAGCAGAGAAACAACGUCGCCCCGGGGAUGUUCCUGAUGUACGCGGGAGGCAGGCUGCUGUUCGCGGACCACAUCUUCAACGGGUACAGCUGCUCCGCCUGGGACCUGCACAAGCAGAUCGCCAAAACACGGGAGGCCCACCGCCGCGGACUGAGCCUGCCCUCCGACUUCCGCUUCAGUCCUCCAGAGGGGGCGCUCAUGGAGGAGGGGGGCUCCACCACCACCCCCCAGGGACCGAGAGGAAAAAGCGCCAAGGGGGCCGAGCGCCGUACCCCUCAAACACUCCUCCUGUCCCGGAAAAGGAUCCCCCAAACCUAUGACAGGGCACCAGCAGCUCAGGAUUCAGCCGCUUCUCUCACCCUGAGGAGGAGCCUGCAGCAGCAGGCCAAGAGGACGCUCCCAGUCACCUUCCCCAUCUUACCCACAGGGCAGAGCCCACAGAGGGCCGGACCCCGAACUUUAGCCCCAGGCUGCGUCUCCGGCCUCUGAGCCUAAUACCCUUCCCAAUAACCCCCUCACCCCUCUGUACCCCAGAAUAACAGCCAGGUUUUGGGCUCCUUGGGUAACAGGCCUGGUGGCUGAAUGAAAGGGAACACAGCUGUUUUUUAAACGGUAGUUUAUUUCCCAAAUCAAAUGUAAGAAUAACGAUCGAGAGGGGGGCGGAAAAAUGUGAAUCAAAGGACAAGGCCAUCGUGGUGCGGCUGAGGCACAAGGCGCGCCGUGAUUGGCGCUCCCGAGAAUGAUUGGCAGUUUCCAAAAAAACCAAUCGAAUUUGCGGUACACAAAUGGGCGUGACAGGGAAGGAACCGCGAGGUGUGCGCAGCUACAAAAGACAUCAUUUCUGAUGGCUCGUUCCCUCGUCCUCCUCACGCGGAGACGAAACGAACGAUCGACGACAGUUUCACGACUGAAAAGAUUUCGUGCGUCUGCGUGAAAAAAGCUCUCACGAUUGAACCAAAAAAAAAAAAGCGGCGUUCAGUCUCAUUUCUUCCUGUUCUUCUCUGCGCGUAAAUAAAGUAACAGACUUCGUUAAAACACUUUUGGUCACAGUUACAAGAAUUACGGGCCGGUACAGACGUCAGGAAUCCGUGACGUCGCCCAUCGCCAUGGAAACGGGCGUGACUCAGGCCGUCACGCUGGCAGUCGGCGUUUGCCGCGUCUCUGAAGUUCCGGCUUCCUCAAAAGCCGACUUUUUUUUUUUUUUUUUUUCCAUUGAGAAAUCUUCCGCAUGCCCACGAAGCAUUUGCCGGACGCCAACAAAAGAGAAAAAAGAGAAAUGGCCUGGGUAACGAGGCGCUCGAAAUAAACUUCCCAUCCUGCAGAAGUGUUUUUUUUUUUUUAAAGAGAAGAGGAUGCAGAGGUGCAAUACCGACGCUAAGAAUAGCAUUCCUCCGCUCCAGCUGGCGGGGAAAACCCGCGACGCUCGCCGCUUGACGUGAAGCCUGUUCCUGUGGCUUGGGGGGCAAGCCAGGCAGGAAGCGCUUGGCUCACAGUUACAGUGCAUUGUGGGAACUUAAAGUGCUAGCCGGGACACAGUCGAUUGACAAUUUCGAGAUUUGUCAGAGAUAAAAAAUAAAUAUUUGCUUAUUUUUAUUUUUUACAAAUAAGCGUUCAGAAAGACUUAUCUCAGGUCAGAUACGGUUGAGGUCAGGGUCUUGCAAGAGCAGCAGGUAGAGAUGCCCUGGGGAGGAGUUCAAUACAUUCGCCUGCCUUUGAGGUUUUACAUUCCCAUUGGCUGGUCUUUGGGAGGGAGGAGCCAAGGGUUCUGCGCUGGGGUUAAAUCCUCCAUCUUCGGUCCUCCUUCCUCCCUUCAUCCUCACAGUGUGUACGCUAAGCUCCUGUCCUUCAGCUUAACAUAACCAGCCUCCUCACCGUGUGCGUUCAGCUUCUGCCCUCCGACUCAACACGACCGGCAUCCUCACACGGGGUGCGCCAGCUCCUUCUGUCCUUCAACCCAUUACGAAGUGUAGU